AUGUCCUGGAAACAGACCACUGCGGCCAAACGCGAGCAGGUCCUGUCUCUCUUUCCUCCCGAAUGGAGAUUGGCGUCUGAAGAGACCGGAGGCAGGAACAAACGGCCAAAAGUGAUCGACUUGGUUUCCAAACACGUUUCUGCCACAGAACGCGAAAUCACGGAAAUCUCAGUCCUGCAGCUGGUUCAAAAGCUUCAGCAUGGCGAUGUCACUGCUCGUGAGGUCCUGGCUGCCUUUGCCCAUCGUGCUGCACUCGCACAUCAGCUGACCCAUUGCUUGAGCGAAUUCAAUUAUCAGGAUGCACGAAGUCGAGCGACUCAACUGGACGAAUACUGGCGCAUGCAUCAAAGACCGUUAGGUCCACUUCAUGGACUGCCAGUCAGCCUGAUGGAUCGGUUCAAUGUCGCCGGCUUAGACAGCGCAUGUGGCUAUACCAGCUGGCUUGGACAAAUCAAGACAGAAAAUGAUGAGGGCGUGCUGAUCAAGCAGCUUCGCAGCCUUGGUGCGGUCGUCUUUUGCAAGACCAACGUACCUAUGAGUUCAAUGAUGGGUGAGACUGAUAAUAACAUCAUGGGGUUCACCAUGAAUCCAUACAAUAGGAUGUUGUCGGCCGGAGGCGCUUGUGGUGGCGAAGGUGCUUUAAUAGCUUUGCGAGGAUCACCGAUGGGUUUUGGAACGGACAUUGCCGGCUCUACUCGCAUCCCGGCAGCCUUCAAUAAUCUUUUCUCCUUGAAGACUUCCGAACAGAGACUCCCCCAAAGUGGUAUUGCUGCAAUACUUCCCGGCCUACCUACAGCCUCCGGCUCUAUUGGCUUGCUCUCUUACGAUCUCGACGGGAUCAAGCUAAUGUUUAGGGCUAUAUUGGACUCGAGUCCAUGGACUUACGACUCUGAGAAUCUGGAGAUGCCUUGGCGGCAAGACAAGUACGAGAGUAUCAUGGCACGCAGCUGUAGCCCAGCAUCGACAGAGGCAAAUGGUCGACUGGUGUUUGGAGUAAUGGCUUCAGACGAGAAUGUCACCCCACACCCACCCAUCCGGCUCGCUCUUCAGGCAGUCAAGCAAGCUUUAGUAGCGUGCGGACAUGAGGUCGUUGAAUGGAGACCGCCUCCGCAGAAUGAAGCAGUCGAGACACUUUUCAAAAUCCUUGGAUCAACUGGCGCAGAAGAAAUACGGCGUGCCCUUGAUGCCAGUGGAGAGCCUCCCGUUGCUCAAAUGCGCCCAUGGUAUGACCAACAAGGCGGCGAAAACAUCUCAACGUCCGAAUUCUGGCAACUUUGCGAAGCUCGAGACCAGUAUCGAAGGGCCCACGCCAGAUACUGGCGGCAUAUGGACGAGCAGACCAAUUCAGGAAGGCGGGUCGACGGCGUUAUUCAACCAGUUGCUCCCUACGUUGCCGGUCAUCAGAACGACUUUCAGUAUUAUGCCUACUCAGCAAUCGCGAACGUUUUGGACAUCUCCGCCGCCACUUUCCCGGUCUCGUCGGGUUUCUCUCUCGGCGAGAUGGCAGCCGAAAAGGAGUCCGAUGAGCCGAUAAGGGGCGAAGAGGAUGAAAGGGUUCAAAAUAAUUACCGACCGCAAGAUGUACAGAAUAUGCCAGUAGGAUUGCAGGUACUAGGCCGUCGAUUGCAAGAGGAACAGGUCUUGGCAAUGGCUCAGGCGAUUGUGGAAGCAAUGCAGCGUGAAACCUGA